AUGGGUGUCGUCACAGACGACCUACCACGCCGCAGCACUCGGCUGCAGGCGCGCCACGACCAUGUCAUCAAGAGCAAUCGGUCGACAGAUGGUCCUCAACAGAAGCACAGACAGCAGAUCAAAGAAGAAGAUGAUGCUCCAGUUGAGCGACAGACGUCGCUCAUCGUCAAAAGUCGACAACCGAAGUUGGCGAAGCUCCUAACCCCAAGCCGGUUAAUUCGCUACGUGAAAACCACUUCAGCCUGCCGCAGUCCUCCGAUCCACGGCUCAAGAUUUGGCCUCAUCCAAGAAAAGUUGGGUCACAAUCUUUAUGAGCUUCUUGUCGCUGCCAUGCUCUGGAACCGAACGAGAGGCAUGCAGGCUAAGCCCAUCUUCUUAGCUCUAGUUCAGCAGUAUCCAACCCCGGAUCACCUGGCUAAAGCCAACCUCUCUGAGCUCGCAGAUCUUAUUCGGCCGAUUGGUUUGUACAACUCGAGAGCGAAGCGUUUUCUGUUGUUUGCACAAGCGUGGCUUUUGAGUCCUCCUAGCAAGGAACGACGAUACCGUAGGAUGCACUAUCCUAGUGCUGGGGAUGGAAAAGACGUCGGUCCGACUGAAAUUCUCGAUAAAAGUGAUUUCCGGGAGGGCUGGGAGGUUGCUCAUCUACCAGGCGUCGGUCCAUACGCACUUGACAGUUUUCGCAUAUUCCAUCGUGAUAUCCUGAGGGGAUUGGCUAAGGACUGGGAGGGAACUGGUGCCACGCCAGGGUUCGAACCUGAGUGGAAGCGCGUCGUCCCAUCUGACAAGGAGCUCAAGGCCUAUAUUCGCUGGAGAUGGUUGAAGGAAGGUUAUGUCUGGGAUCCAGCUACCAUCACAUGCAAGAUCUCCUAUCUUAGGCCUUUGAAUAUGGAGGAACGCAGGAAAUUGUACGGAAAAUAUCCGUCGCUGAGAAAGCUUGAGGAGCUAGGUGACGCUUACGUUGAGUGGAAUGACGGCCGUGAACCUGCUCUUCUGCGCUGGCUUUACGACCAUGCUUCGUUUCCGGAGAUGCGUAGCAAUCCCCGUGUCAUCUGCGACGCGAUGGACGAGUACGCCGCGCAGCAUAACUUUUUGAUCAACAUCGGUCCUGAUAAGGCGGAAAAGGUGGCCGCUUUGAUCUCCGAAAAGAAACCAAAGAUCUUUGUUGAGCUGGGCGGGUAUGUCGGUUACUCGGCCCUCUGGUUUGGAAAUGCAUUGAAGAACGCGCACAAGGACAGUACCAGCGAUGGGAAUCAAGUCGUAUACUGGAGUCUCGAGGCUGACCCGGUCUUUGCCGGAAUUGCGAUGAAUCUCGUCGACUUGGCUGGACUGGGGGAUGUUGUAAAGAUUGUCACCGGAAAGGCUGCCGAGUCGCUCACGCAUCUGAAGGAGGAGGGCAAGUUUGACAAGGUAGAUAUGCUGUUCCUGGAUCACAUCGAAGACCUGUAUGUGGCCGAUCUCAAAGUCGCCGAGUCUCUGGGAUUGCUCAAGAAGGGUAGUAUCGUGGUGGCAGAUAAUGUCCUUCGGCCGGGUGCGCCCGAAUACAAGAAAUAUGUCGAGCAGCAUCCAUCUAUGGACACACGGGCUAUCAAGGGCCUAAUUAUUCCUGGAGAGUUUGAGGACGAGAUUGAGGUGACUGAGUACAAGGGAUAG